AUGUCUGCCAAAGUAAAACGCCGUAUGGAUGCAAAAUGCGAGAGCAGUACACUGCCGAUGUGCCCUGAGGUACAUUCGACGGACAUGGGCGAAAUCAAAGUCAAGAAUAACGCCGCAGAUGCCAUCCCCGAGGGAGGCGAAAACCGAUUUCCUUCUAAAAUGGAGCGCCGAGGAUAUGCCAGAUACAGUCGUGAAAAGGGGGGGAAAUCUGUGCAGUCGAAAAAGGAAGACAAGUAA